AUGAGCAAGCUUAUGACUGCGGUCGCUGCUCUGCAAUGUGUCCAAGACGGGACUUUGGACCUAGACAAGGAUAUCAAGAUAUUGCUUCCUAAUAUCGGAAAAUACGGCAUUAUUACUGGCUUCGACGACGACAAAAAUAUUGGCGUAUUUACGCCUAACUCCAUCCCUAUCACUCUCAGGAUGCUACUUACUCAUACAUCUGGCCACGAGUACGAUUGGUUCAACCCCUUGCUUAUGAAAUGGCGCGCCUCACGCGGCGAAAGGCCAUUCUCCGGCCCAGAUGCUGAGCAUAUAGCUACCUUGCCUCUAGUGUACCCCCCGGGCACGGGAUUCUCAUACGGUGUGAACUUUGAAUGGGCUGGCAAGGCAGUCGAAGCUGUUACCCACCUUAGCCUCGACGAAUUCAUGCGAGAGCGUAUCUGGACGCCUCUAGGAAUUGAAAAUGACGCUAGUUUCUUUCCAAAAGCGAGGGACGGCAUGAAAGAUAGGGUAGCUGACCUUAGUACGCUCAACGAAAAGGGAGAACCGCCGGCAGUGGAUGCCUCGGACUUCGAUAUGAAGGGUGGAGCGUCCGACUGCCUAGGGGGUGCAGGCGUAUUCGCGACUCCAAGGGCAUAUUACACGUUUCUGUCCGCUGUAUUUAGACGAGACCCGAAGCUCCUAUCACCUGCGUUGUAUGAAGAACUAUUCCGCCCGCAGCUUGAUGAAAAGCUAGAGCAGAGCUUAAACGACGAUAUCGCCUCCUCGCCGGAAAAGACGCAAUACCUCGGUCUACAGAUUCCAUUGUCUAUCAGGAAAACGUGGAGCUUCGCAGGCCUAGUAGUGAAACAAGGCCAUGAGGGCUGGUUCGCGCCAAAUACCGUGUUUUGGGGUGGGUUCCCGAGUUGUAUGUGGUUUAUUGACCAUGAGACAGGUAUCUGUGGAACGGCAGUCUGUCAGAUUAUUCCGCCCAUGCAUCCUAAAGUCAUUGCUCUCCAUGGAGAAUUCCAGAAGGCUAUAUUCAGCCUUGUAAAAGCGAAACAGAACUAG